UUAGAGCAGAGGCUGCGAGCCAGGCCUUCUCAUCCAACAUCAGUGCCUGACCUCACAAAUGUGUUUCUAGAGGAAUGGUCAAAAAUUCUCAUAAACACACUCCUUAAACUUGUGGAAAGCCUUCCCAGAAGAGUUGAAGAUGGUUAUAGCUGCAAAUGGUAGGCCAACUCCAUAUUACAUUCAUGUGCAUUGUGGAAAAUAUUUUUUGUCCGAAACUAUAAUGCUCUAUUUAAGACUACUCAAUUAAUACUUUGCUAAAAUCUGACUCCAAACUCCACAUUGACCCGACAGCUCAGUCAAGCAGGACUCUAACUAAAGAAGAUUCAUGCAGACUGGAUGAAUGCAGAUACAAGGUUUUAUUUGCAAUCAGCGCUGGUUACAAGAAUUGAGCUGCUCACGAACGAACAUCCCAACAACCUCUGAAAUAAUCAUCACAAAACAUAGCCUUUUAUUCUUUUCUCUUAUCUUUUCAUAAUAUUCAAACCAAACUCUGAGUUUUCUGAGGAUUUUACUGAGAAAAUCCCACUUAUCUUUUUUCUUCUGGACACCAUUAUCUCUUAUUUAUAACUCUUUCACAUUCCAUUAUAAUUGGAUUUUCGAGAUCAGUCAUAUAAAAAUAAUGGACAUCUUUGCUCUUAUCAGUGGCACUUUCUAGCUUUUUCCAUUUAGCAGUUCACUCUGACCUCUGAAGACAGCAUGGUUGAGUUUCGGGGCCUCUGCUCCGUCUUUAAUUGCUUGGGUUUAAUUUAUUGCUCUAUUUUUCUUUACAUUUGCACUAGCCUGCAGUUUUAAUUGCGUUCUCUCACGUACUCACAGCUCUAUCUCCUCUGACCUCUGACUGACGGCCCAACUUUCCCCCUCCUCGAGGUACCCAUACACCUAUAGUUGGCUUCAAUGACCCUGGACACUGCUCCAAGUUUCGUCUACCACUAAAAAGGCCUGCCAAAUCACUCUACACAGGCUGUGCAAUCUCAGUCCAGAGUUAACAAACAUACCCAAACCUCUUAUCCCACACGUUGUGUUAAACCCUUCAUUAGUAAACCUGUAAAUAGAGGUGAUCAAUAAAUUGAGGUAGUGCCUGACAACCCAAUCAUGCUGUCCCCAGAUUCCAAUUGUUUUAUACAUGCCCAAACAAGAAUGAAUUCAUAUACACCUUAAACACUCUAAAACAUUCAAACACACUUUAAACACUCUAAACCAUUCAAAAUUACUCCCACAGCAUGUAAAGGCAGACAUCCCAGUUUUGGCCUGGCUUGCAAUCUCCACUCUGAAUUCAUCCCAAAGGUGUUCUAUAGGGUUGAGGUGCAGGCCAGUCAAGUUCCUCCACACCAAACUCAAUCAUCCAUGUCUUUAUGGACCUUGCUUUGUGCACUGGAGUGCAGUCAUGUUGGAACAGGAAGGGGUCAUCCCCAAACUGUUCCCACAAAGUUAGGAGCAUGAAAUUGUCCAAAAUGUCUUGGUAUGCUGAAGCAUUAAGAGUUCCUUUCACUGGAACUAAGGGGCCGAGCCCAACCCCUGAAAAACAACACCUGAAUUCAAUGAUUUGGAGGGAUGUCCCAAAACUUUUGGCAAUAUAGUGUAUAUUGUCCUUGUUUAGUACAUAGGCUUAUUUAAAAAAAAAAAAAAAAAAAACCUAAAGCAUUCUGAAGUUAAACGAUAGAAAUGUAUUCUUGAAGAAAAAUAUUAAAAUUAUUGCGAGGAAACUUAAAUCUAUUUUUUUUUAUCUUUUUGUGUCCCUCUGCGCGCUCAGUACUGCGUAUUUUAGCGGUGAGUGAAGCGCAAAACGCAGAUGAAGUGAUGCUGGCCUGUAACGCACAGGUUCCCAGACAGUGUACUUUAUUCUGGUGCAUCCUCAAAAAUCUUCCCCUGUCAAGAACCAUGAAAAUAUACUAUUUAAAAAUUAGAUAUUGUAAUCUUAUAAAAAUCCUUUAUGUGACUUAUGUCAUUUCAGACGAAUCGGUUAAAUAAUUUGUUGUUUUAUUUCAUUUGCUGCGCCGCUACGAUUCCGGAAGCGUGACGUCACUGGGUGUCUAAGGUCCAAACGACUUCCCAUUGGAUAAGAAUUGCACUUAAUGAAGUGCAUAAGGCAUUGUUUCAUACCCAAGUACCAAGUGCACCUAGGUAGGGAGAAAGCAGCCGUUUAGGUUUCGUCCACUAUUGCUCAACAGCAAGUGAAUGUUAUUUGACUGACUAUUAAGCUACAUUAAAAAAAGAAGAAGAAAGAUUAAUGUUAAAAAUUACAACACUGUUGGAUCUAGUGCAGUGCCUUGAGCCAUGAGAGUGAAGGUUAUUUCCAUUUUGGAGGACAACUACAUGUACUUGGUUAUAGAUGAACAAAGUAAAGAAGCCAUUGCUGUAGAUCCUGCUGUGCCUCACCGGCUACUUGAGAUAGUAAACAGAGAAGGAGUGACACUCACAGCGGUGCUGACUACUCACCAUCAUUGGGACCAUGCACGGGGCAAUGAAGCUCUGCUGAAGGACCUCCCUGAAUUACAAGUGUAUGGAGGAGACGAGCGCAUCACAGGAUUGACCCACAAAGUUACUAACGGCCAGGAGCUUAAGUUCAACACUAUAAAUGUGAGGUGCCUCUUCACACCUUGCCAUACUUCUGGACACAUGUGCUACUUCCUGUGGGAAGACAACUGCCCUGAUUCCCCUGCGGUGUUCACUGGGGACACACUGUUUGUGGGUGGUUGUGGGAAAUUCUUUGAGGGAACAGCAGAGCAGAUGUACCACAACCUGACCGAGGUGCUGGGAACACUGCCUCAGGACACAGUCUUCUGUGGUCACGAAUACACAAUAAAAAACCUGAAGUUUGCGAUGCUGGUGGAACCAGAGAACGAGAGGGUGAAGGAGAAGCUCAGCUGGGCUCGGGCAAGAGACGACGAUGACAAGCCGACAGUACCGUCAACGUUACUGGAGGAAUUUGAAUACAAUCCGUUCCUCCGUCUCUCUGAGGAGAGCGUGCAGAAGUUCACAGGGAAGUCAGACCCUAUCGAGGUUCUGCAUGUGCUACGAAAAGAGAAGGACAACUUCAAGAAGCCCAAAGAGCGAUUUCCUCCGCAUGCAAUGCUCGCUCUGGAAUGGGGUCUGCUCGGACCAAAACUCACUUGAACAGAGCACUGGACUCUACUGCACUGCACACUGACCAUGCUGAGAGUGCCACUGUUUAUUGAUAAAGUAAUGCCAUUAUGAUGGAUCAUGAUUAUAUCUUUAACCUACUGCUUUGAUUGCUUGGUUUAUGAUUGAGUUUCUACAUCUUGUCACACUGAGAAGGCAUUUAUUUCAAUGAAAAGCACGAGAUCUGCUCGUUUAUACACAUUUGCACUAAUUACAUGAAUGAUACUGUAAAUAAUAAACAAAUAAUUAUAUAUAUAUAUAUAUAUAUAUACACACACACACACACACACACAUUGUUCAGCCAUAACAUGACCACUGAGAGGUGAAGUGAAUAACACUGAUUAUCUCCUCAUCAUGGCACCUGUUAGUGGGUGGGAUAUAUUAGGAAGCAUGUCCCCAAAGUUGAUGUGUUAGAGGCAGGAAAAAUGGGCAAGCGUAAGGAUUUGAGCGAGUUUAACAUAGGGCCAAAUUGUGAUGGCUAGACGACUGGAUCAGAGCAUCUCCAAAACUGCAGCUCUUGUGGGGUGUUCCCGGUCUGCAGUGGUCAGUAUCUAUCAAAAGUGGUCCAAGGCAGGAACAGUGGUGAACCGGUGACAGGGUCAUAGAUGGCCAAGGCUCAUUGAUGCACGUGAGGAGUGAAGGCUGGCCCAUGUGAUCCGAUCCAACAGAUGAGCCACUGCUGCUCAAAUUGCUGAAGAAGUUAAUGCUGGUCCUGAUCGAAAGGUGUCAGAAUACACAGUGCAUGACAGGUCAGGGCUGUUUUGGCAGCAAAAGGGGAACCAACACAAUAUUCGACAGGUGGUCAUAAUGUUAUGCUUGAUCGGGGUAUGUAUGAAUAUAAAAGGCAUGUUCAUUUUUUUUUGUUCACAUUUGUCGCUUAACUACAAAGGAAUGAUUACUCUAUGGAUUUAAUAU